AUGGGCGGUCGACGGUGUGUAUUGAUCGCGCGCGGGGCGUCGGAGAGGGACGAGGGGGGCGAGGGCGCGGAGGCGGAGGCGGAGGGACGCCCGGGGGGAGCGACGACGGAGACGAAGGACGGCGACGCGACGAAGGGCGAGGAUGGUGCGGAAGGGUCGAAGGUGAAGAUGCGACAGAGAGUUGUGGAUUGGGCGACGAACGCGCUGCCGUUCGUGAAGACGAAGAAGAAGUGGGAGAAGAUGUUCGCGGAGGCGGACGCGGCGCCGCUGGAUCACGGCAAGCAAGACGCCCUCAUGAGAGAGCUGUUGCAGUACGAUAGGAAUGAUGAUUUGAUCUCGCGAUUCGAGACGAGAAAGUACGCGAGCGGACCGGUGUCGGUAUUGGCGUACAUGACGGCGCUGGUGCGGACGAACCGUUUGGAGAAUUACGCCGUGAGUGGAGACGCGGGGGUUGGGAAGCCGCCGCCCGUCGCCGACCCGGCGGCUCUGGACAAGCUUCCGGAUUUACUCGGUGAUCUGAGUGAACGCGCCAAGGGAACGGGAGAGUUGGUAGAGUUGGAGACGGGAAAGAGCGCGCAGGCGCCACUGCACAUCAACAUCGUCGGAAGCGCCGGGCUCGGUCUCCAGCCCCCGAGCGCGGCGAAGCGUUUGCUAAACUGGUUCUUCGGCGUUUUCUUCUUCAUUGCCGGCUUGAGCUUUUUAAGCUCGUUCCUCCUACGCCGCGUCGCCGUGCGCGUUAUCGAGUCCGGUCCGUCAUCCUCGCACAUGUCGGGUAGUCACUCGCUCCCGGGGACACCGUCCGGUUCGGAUCCGAUGUCCGCCGCCGGACUCGGGCCGAACGGGCAGCCGUCGUACGACCCGAAACAGUUCAACAAGGACAACCUUCCGGAGAAAUCCCUGAAGAAGUUUAAGGACGUGAAGGGGUGCGACGAGGCGAAGGAGGAGCUCCAGGAAAUCGUGGAGUACCUGCGUAAUCCGGACAAGUUCACCCGUUUAGGUGGCAAGCUCCCAAAGGGCGUGUUAUUGACUGGACCGCCGGGGACGGGUAAGACGCUCCUCGCGCGCGCCGUCGCGGGCGAGGCCGACGUGCCCUUCUUUUACCGAUCCGGGAGUGAAUUUGAGGAAAUGUUCGUCGGCGUCGGCUCGAAGCGCGUGCGGCAGCUCUUCGCCGCGGCGAAGCGCAAGACGCCUUGCAUCGUGUUCAUCGACGAAAUCGACUCCAUCGGCACGUCGCGUAAAUCCGUCGAGAAUCAGCACCGAAAGACGUUGAACCAGCUCCUGACCGAGAUGGACGGGUUUGAACAAAACGAGGGAAUCAUUGUUCUCGCGGCGACGAACAUUCCUGAGGCGCUCGAUCCGGCGCUCACGCGUCCAGGACGCUUUGACAGAAUGGUGCACGUGCCAAACCCGGACAUAGGGGGCAGGCGAGAGAUCUUGGAUCACUACCUCCACGACAAGCCGACGACUAGUGACGUCGACGUGGACAAGAUCGCACGCGGUACCGCCGGAUUCAGCGGCGCUGAGCUGUAUAACCUGGUGAAUAUGGCGGCGGUGCAAGCGGCGAUGGCAGACGCGCCCGCGAUCACGGCGGCUGACCUCGACUGGGCUCGCGACCGCGUCUUGAUGGGUGCCGAGCGCAAAUCCGCGGUACUCAGCGAAGAGAACCGUCGUCUCACGGCGUACCACGAGGCCGGCCACGCCCUCGUCGCGCUGAAGACGGACGCGACGCUUCCCAUUCACAAGGCGACCAUCAUGCCGAGAGGAUCGGCGCUCGGAAUGGUGAUGCAGCUCCCAGACAAGGACGAGACGAGCGUGAACCGCAAGCAGCUCAUGGCUCGCUUGGACGUGUGCAUGGGCGGGCGUUUGGCGGAGGAGCUCAUCUUCGGUCCGGAUGAAGUCACCACGGGCGCGUCGGGGGAUUUGCAGCAGGCGACGCGACUGGCGUUUUACAUGAUUAGCGACGUCGGGAUGAACAGCAACCUCGGCCCAGUGCACCUUUCGAGCAUUCGCGGCGGCGGUGCCGCCGGUCGAGGUGCAUCCGGUUCGACGGAAUCUGCCGUCGACGCUGAGGUCAUCAAGCUUCUCAAGGAGUCUCAAACUCGCGUGCAGAAGCUCUUAAAGUCAAACGCUCGCGAUUUGCACACCAUCGCCAAGGCGCUGAUGGAGAAGGAGACGCUCACCGGGAACGAGAUUCGCGAGCUCAUCGGAAUGCCACCGGUGAAGGAACCGGCGCCUAUCAAGGCCCGCGCGAGGGCGAAGAAACCCGAACCGACGGUGAAGGAACCAGAGGUGAAGGAGACGGAGGGUGAGAAGCCAGAGGAAGACGAGGACGACGAGCGAACCAUCAUAAUCGUGAUCCAAUCAGACGAGGAUGAAUCCCCAAAAUGA